UGGUCAGCGGCCACCCCGGGCUGCUGCCUCCUGUCCAGACCUGGAGCUCAGCGGCUAAUUUUAGAAAUGACUUGUCCACUCAGCUGCUGCUAUCACAUUGGCGUGGGGGAGGACGGAGAGGAGCAGUCAGGGAAGGGGAUGUGAGUGCCGGCGCCGGGCGGGGAGCUGCUGCCAUUUCUUCUCUGUCCCUGCUCUCCUGGCCUGGUGGGUCUCUGCGCUGGGACCUGGGGAGACCCCUCGGACCGGAGUGGAUCCUGUGACCUCAGCACCGGCUGGAGAAGGUGCCCAGGAGCUGCCGGGAUGGCCUACCCGCCCACGUUGGCUCCCUGGCCCAGCGGGCGUACUGGGCUCUGCUGAGCCAGCAGAGGGACCAGAGCAUCGUGGCCCUGGGCCAGAGCGGUGCUGGCAAGACCACCUGCUGCGAGCAGGUCCUGGAGCACCUGGUGGGGAUGGCAGGCAGUGUGGAUGGCAGGGUCUCAGUGGAGAAGAUUCGAGCCACCUUCACUGUCCUCCGGGCCUUUGGCUCCGUGUUCACCGGCCACAGCCGCCGUGCCACCCGGUGCUCCAUGGUGAUGUCACUGGACUUGAACGCCACAGGCCGAGUCACGGCCGCCCAGCUCCAGACGAUGCUGUUGGAGAAGAGCCACGUGGCCCGGCAGCUGGAAGGGGAAGGCAAUUUCGAGGUUUUCUCCCAGAUGCUAUCCGGAUUGGACCUGGCUCUCAGGACAGAACUGUACCUGCACCAGCUGGCAGACAGCAGCUCCUUCGGCAUGGGCGUGUGGCCUAAGCCUGAAGACAAGCAGAGGGCGGCGGCUGCCUUCGCGCAGCUCCAGGGCGCCAUGGAGACGCUGGGCGUUUUGGAGAGCGAGCAGAGGGCCAUUUGGCGGGUGUGGGCAGCCAUCUACCACCUGGUGCGGCGGGGGCCUGCAAAGAAAAUAGCAAGCAGGAAGACAGCUGCAAUGGGUGGUCCCAAGUAACUGGUGAUGGACUGGAUGUAAUCAAAGAGCUGCCCACUUUGUGCUGACUGCACAAUGGGGACCCAGG